CUAACCCCCAUCACUUUCCCUUUCCCCUUCCCCUAACCUCUUCCCUUCCCCUCUAGAUCCUCUUUCCACCCUUGCAGCCGUUCCGAUCUCCCUCAAAAAAUCCAUGUCCGGCGGCACUCGAGCCUCCGCUCGCCCUUCACCGCCGCAACCGCCACCCUCCACGGCGGCGGCUGAGCCAGUCGUCCCGCCUAUACGGCGCCACCUCGCUUUUGCCACCAUGAAGCCGCCGCUUGUUCAACCUGAUAAUUAUCACAGGUUCUCGAGUUCUGGCACAAAUGAUAAUACUAAUUAUACUAAUAAUAAUGUUAAUAAUGUUAGUGAAGUUGCCGAUCGGGAAGCUGAUGCCAUUGUUGUGAGGCCUGCCCAGCUAAAAAGGAAGAGCACAACUAACAAGAGUGAAGUUGAAUCGAGCCAGUGGAUUGCUAGUCCAAGGGUUACAAGCUUGUCCAACAGUCCCUUGCAGACACCUGUAUCUAAGGGGGGAAGGACAAACAACAGGUCAAAGGCAACAAAGGGCAAUAGAUCGACUCCUCAAACUCCUGUGUCAAAUGCUGGUUCCCCUUCCACUCCCACUCCUGCUGGCAGCUGUCGUCAUGAUAGUUCUUUAGUUGCUUUGACAGAAAAGUUCGUCAAUCUAAUAAAACAAGCGGAAGAUGGUAUCCUUGACCUUAAUAAUGCUGCGGAAACUUUGAAGGUGCAAAAGCGGAGGAUAUAUGACAUAACAAAUGUCUUGGAAGGCAUUGGUCUUAUUGAAAAGAAGCUCAAGAACAGAAUACAUUGGAAGGGGCUUGAUGCUUCGAGGCCCGGGGAAGUGAAUUUUGAUGCCUCCUUACUAAAGACAGAAGUUGAAAACCUUGCCUUGGAAGAGCGCAGACUAGAUGACCAAAUAAGAGUAAUGCAGGAAAGAUUGACAGAACUCAGUGAAGAUGAGAACAACCAGAGGUGGCUUUUUGUAACUGAAGAAGACAUAAAGGGCCUACCUUGUUUUCGGAAUCAAACCCUUAUUGCAAUUAAGGCCCCACAUGGGACUACUCUGGAAGUCCCUGAUCCUGAUGAAGCUGCGGACUAUCCUCAGAGGAGAUACAGGAUAAUUCUCAGAAGUACAAUGGGUCCUAUUGAUGUUUACCUUGUUAGCCAAUUUGAGGAGAAGUUUGAAGAAAUGAGCAUGAGCGGGGUUGGGCCACCUUCGAACUUCCCACUUACUUCUUGUUCAGGCUCCAAUGAAAAUCAAGCAAAGAUGGUCCCCACAAAGAGUGUCGGAAAAGAUAUUGUUCCCCAGGCACAAUAUGCUCAUGAAAUGGCUUGUGACGUUGAUGCUUCACAGGAGUUUGAUGGGAGGAUGACGAAAAUUGUUCCUUCAAAUGAUAAUGAUGCAGAUUAUUGGUUUCUCUCAGAAGAUGGUUUUAGCAUAACAGAUAUGUGGAAAACAGAUACAGGGGUUGAAUGGAGUGAAGUAAAUAUGUUUAGCACGGACUUAGGAGUUGCUGAUGUCAAUACCCAGAGGCCACAAACUCCGCCUUCUACACAUGCUGAUGUUCCAUCUUCUGCUGUUAACUUCAACCAGAGGUAAAAAUCAAUUUGCCUAUUGAGGCAAUUUGAGAAACUGAUUUCAGCAUCUCAAUCCUUUUCAUGCAUGGACAAGUGAUUAAGGAUGCUUUGGAGUUUCAUCAUUCAUGUGCAUUGGAAAGAUCAAUGGUAAGUUGAGAGUUCUUCCGAUUUACCACAUGGUUGAAACAUCAUUUGGUUAUCAAUAAAACUGUCUCCAUUGUAUUCUGGGAUAAAACAGUGGAUAUCAGACGUGGAAUAAGCGCAAUCAAUAUCUUACCAGUACAAACACAUGAUUAAACCUGCAUACAGACUAGCCUUCCACUGAGAAUGCUAUUCUGACAGUAGAUGUGUAGAACUGGUACUCUGGAUGAUGUUGUCCCUGAGAUUCCAUGUCCUAGAUUUCAUCUGGCUGUAUGUUGUUAAGCAUUGGUAUAGACACAUACCAUAUGAUAUGCCAUUCAUAAUUAAGGUAACUGUGCUGAUUUUCUCAGCCAUGUUAAUUCCUGUAACCCAAAAUUUUCAUACUUUUACUCAAGUUUAAGGCAUUUUAUGUUUUAUGCAAGCAAGUUUUGUGAAUGAUUUUAGAGGUGUGACUGCAUGCACACACAUGCAUAUACUCUAGCCAUGCACCAUUUUAGGUUGUCAACUUAGGUUCGAUUUUACGCAGGUUGGGUCUGAUCCAAUGCCAACAAAAUAUAAAGAGAAUGAACCAGAAACUGAAAAGCGACCACAACCUCCUUCUCUACUAUUUGGGACCUAUCCGAGUGCACUGCAUUCCCUUGUCUGUCAUGGAGUAUGCCAGUGCCCAUUAAUGGGUUAGAAGUCAUUUUCACAGCACCUGCACCAACUAUAAGGAACGAAAUUUAGGGCUUAUUUGGUGGAGUUUAUUGGAAAUUUUAUUUUUUUUUAGUACAGUUUAGGAAUUAUAAGUUUAAAUUUUUAUUUGAGAAAAAAUUUAAAAAUUGUUU